GCCCUUUGAAGGGUUCCCAAGUUCGAAGCCUGUCCUGCUGUUGAAAUCAGAUCUUCCUGCCCGAGGGAGUCAGGAAAUCCUAGAUACAGCUCCUAGUGCUGGGCUGAGCAUUCAGUGGGCUCAUUGAGCGUCUCGACCAGACCACACCCUCUCUCGCAGGGGACUGAGGAAGGCCUUCUGAGAAGAAGUGCGACAGAAAACUGUUCUGAAGCUUCGGUUUCCACAGCGCUUUAGAAGACAUGGAGCGCCGGAUAUUGUACUCGAUUUAAUCUGGCAACGAUGAAGCAAUCGGGGCUGUUCUGAGAGCGAAAGAAGCUUGGAGGAAAGUGCCCCUGUAGCCCCAGGGAAGACAGGGGAACUGCCAAACACAAAUUAAUCCUUAACGCACUGCCCUCUCCCCAAGGCAUGAGGCCUGAAAAUAGAGCCAGACUUUUCAAAAGAUGGAAACAUCACCACCCAGAACAGGUUCUUCUAAAAGACAGCUGAAGACCACCCAGGAAAGCAUUCCCAGAGUCCAUUCAUGGCAAGUUGGGCUGUGGAUGGGGGUGUGUCAUCUCCAGGCUCCUACAAAUGGUGGAGAUGUCUGCCCAGAGGUUGGCUCCUAACAGAACAUCCCUGCAGUCAGCUUCGAAUUCUGACUACAGCUGGGAGUAUGAGUAUUACGAGAUCGGACCAGUUUCCUUUGAAGGACUGAAGGCUCAUAAAUAUUCCAUUGUGAUUGGAUUCUGGGUUGGUCUCGCCGUUUUUGUGAUUUUCAUGUUUUUUGUGCUGACUUUGCUGACAAAGACAGGCGCCCCACACCAAGACAAUGCAGAGUCGUCAGAGAAGAGGUUCAGAAUGAACAGCUUCGUGUCAGACUUUGGGAAGCCACCAGAGUCAGAUAAGGUGUUCUCUCGUCAGGGCAACGAGGAGUCCAGGUCUCUCUUCCACUGUUAUAUCAACGAAGUGGAACACUUGGACCGGGUGAAAGCCUGCCACCAGACAACAGCCAUCGACAGUGAUGUCCAUCUCCAGGAAGCCAUCCGAAGCAGUGCGGAGGCUGAGGAGCAGCUGAGCAGGUUUAUGAAGUUUGACAUCCCCAACUUCGUAAACACGGACCAGAACUCCUCCUUUGGGGAAGAUGACCUUCUGAUUUCGGAACCACCUGUUCUUCUAGAAAAUAAGCCGGUUUCUCAGACCUCACGGAAAGACCUGGGCUGAGAAAUGGCGCUUUCCUGAGGAUGUGUUCUGUCUCUGUAUAGCAAGAACCCUCCACCCACUCCACACCCUGCCCUCCCACCCGUGUGUGUGUGUGUGUGUGUGUGUGUGUGUGUGUGUGUGUAGAGGGGAGAGAGGAUGAUGUUUAAAGUUUAAGGCUUAGGCUAGGGCGGGGACUUAGUGAUAGCCAUGUAGAGUUUGGAGAUGGAAGACACCAUUUUGUUUUUUGGAGAUGGUGGUGACUUUGUUUUUUUUUCUUCUCAUAUUAAAAACACACAGUAUCAAAGUUUUCUUAUUGAAACUAUUGGCCACAUAUGCAAUCGAGCUCCCCUAGGUGAGGUUAGGUCACUGCAUUCUCAUCUAGCACUUUGCCACCGUUCUUUGCCUGUGACAAGCUGGACUGCCGUGGCUUUAAAGGUCAGGUGGCAUGUCUGCAGUAGCUGAACCAUCCCAGCUCUAGUAGUUUGUGACUUUCAGACUUAGCAUCCAACACGAGUUCAUGUAUAUAUAAGCAGUGGAAAAUAGAACACGGCAUCCUGGCUCUGAUGGCAGGCUAGCCAGGUCUUGGUACCCUCCCUCCACCCGGUCCUUCACUAAGUCAUAUUUUAGUUGGGGAAUCUUUACCAGGAUGCCAGGAGAAUCUCACACACUGUGACAGACAGUGUUUCUGCUGAGUUACGCUGAGGCAGUUUACCUGAGGAACUCCAUCUGUCUGUGCUUUAAACCUGGGACAGCUCUGGCCCCAUGAAUGCCAGCCUAAAGUAUUUCACAAGCAUUUCAGCUCUCAAAAAAUGUUAAGGCAGAUUGUUAUUUGACUGAUGCGAGUCUCUUCUGGCUGUCCCUGUGGUUACGCUGCUGGAUUGUUUUGCUUCAGAACAAGAUACUGUAUGCCAUGUGGUCUGUCUGCUUGGCAGGCGUGUAGGUGUUGACUGCCUGGCAUGGAAUUGAGAUGGCUAGUGGGUUGUGUGUACAUUAACAGCUGUUCAGGGUGGGGGAGCAACAUGAUGUUCAUUUCACAAAGGAAUCCACCCUACUUUGCUGGUGUCGAAAACAACUCAAUUCUGCACAGUGAGUUGUAUGCAUGGCCAGCUGCUAAUCUUUGGGUGGCAUCGUCUUUACAUCCACCAUCUGUCUCGCUUCAGUUGCAAAAUAAAUGCAUUUAUUGCA